GCUAUUUGUUUCACAACAAUCAACUUUUCUCGUAUUCUUUUUCGGAGUAAAGCUGUUUCUGCUACUGAACAAGGCAUUUGUGCCUCUCGUUAUCAAUAAUGCACCUGUACAAAGAUGAACGCCCUGUAUUUGCAUGGAACGCGGUGGAUGUGGAGAUUGACGGGCAGAUGCAGCACGGAUACGUCAUCGGCGUGGAAGAGAAAGGCAGCACUCCGCCGCGUCUGAUCAUCGAUUUCGGAUGCCCAGCACAGUCUUCUGUGCUGGUUCCAUACGGGAAGAUCUGGGACUGCUCCAGUUAUCCAUACAGCUGUCUGGGCGAGGGAGCCAGUGUGGAGGUGCUGCUGCGCGACGGCCCGAUGCGUUCCUGGAAAUGGUAUUUGGGGAACAAUGUAAUUUGCUUGUUCACCAGUAUGAAUUCAAUGGCGCUGGUGGAGGUGAUGAUGGACGGCACGCGUCGUCGCGAACUGGUUCCCCGUCGACAGAUUCGGGAUGUUCUAAAACAGCCAUCAGUGGAGGACUUCUUGCAGCGGGCCAUUUUACCUUGCAGACAUGCAGCGUUCCCAACGGCUACUGGGCUAUGCAGCAGUCGGCCUCAGCGUUGCUGCUAAAACAUGUGGAACAAACCUUUCGUCUCCAGUUUGUGAAGAUACUCAGUCACGAGAUGUACUUUGUGCGGCGGCGAUACGAGUCGCCCAUCGGGGACGAAGAUAUAGCGAGGGUAUUCGAAAGAGAACGACAGAAUCCUGCCUUUUGCGGACGCUUACUCGAGGAAACGAAAGAGCUGGAGUCAGAACCGAAGCGAAAAAAGCCGUCGAUCGACGUCGAACAAGGCUUGAAUUUGCCUUUAGAAGUGCUGAAGGAGAUUUUCCACUCUCUGGAUACCGUGGACCGACAAUGCUGCCGCCGCACCUGCCCACUGUGGGAGACCAUUCUGACGUCGGCGGAGCUGUCCCGAGAUCUGCAUGUAUCGCGGCAGCAGCCCAGCUCGCCAUCGCAGGCAAGGUGGGACUGUGAUAAUUAUGCUAUGUACGCCUGCAUCUUCAAGCAUAUCACGUCAGCCACACGCACCAUCUGUAUUCGCGAAAUAGGCACAGAAUACAUUCACCACAGGAACUUGCAUUAUUCAAAUGAAGCUCUGGAUCUUAUUAAGAGGUUUUUUGCCGAUACUGGCCUCCGCGUCGACCGAUUCAUCUUGUACCAGAGAUCUAUCAGGAUGGCACAGCCAGCAUUUGAUCGAUGGAAAUUCAGUGCGUUUUCCGCCGAAAUCUAUGGGCAAAUGUCCAAUCUCGUACCUUACUGUGAUCGCGUCAUCUGGAAGGAUUACGCACUCACACUACUAGACAAGGAAGACAAUGCCCUGAUGGGAUUUCGCGUUCCCAUUGCCACCUUCACGCGGGGGCAUGUCGAUGAGGCGCGCAUUGUGGAUUUGCUUGAGCAGCAUCUGCGCUGGGAUGGGUCGCCGGAGGAAGUGCAACGCAUUUCUCAGCACUUCACCAGCCGGAUGGAUAGCAAAAGGAAGUCAGAAGUGAAGCAGAUUCUGGUGAACUACCAGUCGAGCGAUCCGCGUCCGUCCGCGCACUACCGAAAUCACCAGUGGACGCUCGAUAAUGUGACCAAGGCCAACGUUGACAAGCUCAACCGGUUCUGCUUGUGUGCUUUAUCACGCUACAUGCAGGACUGCAGUCCAGGCUAUUCGGCAUCCGCCCCGGACAACAACCCACAGGCUGGGCAAUCCAGUGGUUCCAGUAGACUCUACUAAAUCUAGCAUUUACGAGUGGGAACUUUGAA